UACGCCUCAUCCACGGUCAGCAUCAGCCUUUGGUCAUGUCGGCGCCACGUCAAGCUCUCGAUCAUCUGAUCCUAUUCGUGCCCGCGGACCCCUCGACACAGCUCCCUCGCGUGCCUGCGUAUUUCUCCGACAACUUCACGCUAACGCCCGGAGGAUUUCACGCCGACGGCGCCACAUCCAAUGUGCUCAUCCUUCUCGCCGACGGGUGCUAUAUCGAGCUCAUCUCAUUCCUGCCCGCUGCUCCCGAAUCGCUCGUAUCCAAUCACUGGUGGGGCCCUUCUUCGACUUUCACUGGCUGGAAAGACUGGUGCCUGACCAAUUCUCUGGAUCCGUCCAAGAACUAUGAACAAGUCAAGGAAAGUCAUGGAGAGCCUAUCAAGGGAGGAAGAAAGAGGGCAGACGGCGUAGAAGUGAGAUGGAGUGUCACAUUCCCCAAGGGAGAUAAAGGAGGACAGAAUAUUAGGGGCAGGAUCCCAUUCUUCUGUCAUGACGGGACAGAGAGAGUCGUAAGGGUGCCGUUAGAUGGAGAGAAGACCAAGCAUGCGUGUGGCGCGGUAGGAGUCAAGGAGUUGACGGUGAUUGUCAAAGAUCAGGCAUUGAUGGACGAGACGAAAAAGAUUUACGAAGCUAUACUUGGCCAGGUGGGAAAGCAAGGGACGGAUGGCGUGAGAUUCCCGCUUGCUCGCGUGCAGGAAGUUGAGGAGCUGGAGAGGGGCGCAGAGGUUUUGUUGCGACUGCCCGAAGAUGAAGAGGAAAAGCAGUGUGUUGCAGAACAAGGCUUCUGGUAUGGAAAUGUGGUCCUUUGCAAAAAGGCGGAGACGGGCAACGCGGACAAGACAAAAAAAAGACUGGACGUGGGUCAGGGAGACGACGGAGUAGGCGGACUGUGGAUAGAGUGAUCAAGGCAGCAAUGGCUUAUAGGGUACGGCGAGUGGAGAGCUGACUCUGUUGUUUAUCUGAGGCGGUAUAGAAUGUCG